GGCCUUCUAAACACAGAUAGAAUCUCGGUAACAUAUUCGAAGAUUUUUGAAGAAUAUUCGCUGAUUCAAGUUUAUUCCAUAAUAGGGGCACCGGCCAUUUACUGAAGUAGAGCUAGGUGGUCUGCAGGACCCUUGUUUUCAAGAAGCAAGGCACUGCGAUGGCCAUAUAUACUACUGCAAGCAGAGAAUGAACAUCACGACGUGUUUAUCGGUAGCUCUUCGGGUGGCUGGCCACCCGAAGACGUUUCUGUGCGAUGGCCGCUUGACCUACACCAAGCUUUGUUCAUCAACACCUGUAAUAGUAUGGAUAGAUCCUUGCUUUUGUAUACGGUUAGAUAGAGCGCAAGAGGUUGGCGGGACGAUGAUAUUGUCUGGUCAGCUGAAUAUAAAUGAAGGUAUAUAAGCAAGAGGCGCAGAAGAUCAAUGUAGUAACAAGAAGAGGACUGGAGAUGACAUGGCCAUUCUUAAUAACCAUAUUGAUUUGCAAUCAAACGACUCAUUCAGUGGAGACGGAUACCCAGCACAUUAAGCCACAUGGCCCUCUCAAGUCCUCGUGGCUCUUCGUAAUAGGGGGUUGCGCAGAGAACAAUCACGAAUCGAUAGUGACAAAGGAACGACGAUUGCGUGCUUCUCG